AUGUGCCAGGACUUGGUAGCUAAAGUGAUUAUAGCGUACACAGACGCAUCUAUCAUUAAAGUACCCUUGAGCAAGAAUACUUACGUAGCUGCUAUCGGAGUGUUCUUUGGUGUGAACGAUCCUAAGAAUCUAUCCGAAAAAUAUGAAGAAAGUUCUAUGAAAAGUGAUAUUGUUGAAAUACAUGCAAGUAUUUCUGCUCAGGCUGUUAUGCGAGCAAUACAGGCAGCCCCCAACAACGGAUUUACGCUUAAAAUAUUUACCGACUCUCAAGCUCCGGUAAAAGCAAGUGAAAAGGACACCCCAAAGUCGUACUUUCCUAAAGCUACUGCAGAUCUUAAGAAAGCUAUUAAAAACAGAAUAGGACCAGUAGACAUUAUAAAAAUCAAGGGACAUAGCGGAGAACCUGGGAAUGUUGCAGCUGACAAACUUGCGAGGGAUUGUGCAAGAGAACAGCUUAAAUGA